AUGGAGGCCCUCCCAGUCACUUCAUACAUCAGCACACAGUCUUGGACCGAACAUGAUGUUUACAACGAGGGAAACAGACACUCAUCAGAUUUCCAGCGUUCCCCAAUCGGCACUUUUGUCGAAGCCGAGCCGGAUGAGAAUCUAGAAGUCUGGCCAGAGACCGGUCGUCCUGGGCCGGAGGUGACGGCUUACAUCGUGGCGGUCUUGGAAUACGACCCCAAAGAAAACAAACUCUCUCGACAAACUGCUACUGUGACGCGUGCGCCGGAAAUGUAUGGCGCUUUGGAGGACAGUAUCAGCGCACUUGAGGCUGCCAAUGAAAUGGAUGAAGAGAUGUGGAAGAUGCUUGGCGAGUCCCAACAGGAGGAAUAG